AUGGCUGCCAAUGGUAGCAGUCUCAGCGCUAUCGCAAAACAUCAGCAAGAAACAGGAACCAAAGACAAAAUAACGCAAUACUGGAUUGAACGAGUCGUUGAGCAGGUUGCAGCCAGGAAAGCGGAGAGCCCUAACAAGAAGAAGGAUCAGAUCGCCAACGAUGUGCUCCAAUGGCUCGAGGCACAACCAGGCGAUAAAAUGAACCCACUGCUUGAUAUCCUGGGUUUUGAUCCCGCCCGCGACACUCCCAUUGAGAUUUUGCACACAAUUCUCCUUGGCUCAAUGCGGUAUGUCUGGCACCACCUCCACACAAACGCAUGGUCCGACGACGAGCGCCAUCUGCUCGCAAUCCGCCUGGAAUCAACAGAUAUCAGUGCGAUGAAUAUUGCAUCAAUGCGAGCAGCUUACAAAGUUCAAUACCGCAAUAAUCUGAUUGGGAAGGACUCCAAGGCCAUUAUGCAGGCGCUUGUAUUCCAUGCGCACAAUAUUUGCACGCCCGAACAAUUUCAGCUGAUCAAAACCACCGCGGAUCUUGGUGCCUGGGUUUGGGUAUCAGUUAUCGACGAUAUGGAGACCUACAUCCGGCAACUCACAACAGCUAUCGCAAAUGUGCUCGAUGCGUGGGACGCUGUUGACCUGCUACGAAUUAUAGUCAAAGUCAAGCUCCAUCUUCUUCCACACUUUCCCAAUGAAGUUCGUCGGUUCGGGCCCCCCGUUCGUUAUUUGACCGAGACGCAAGAAAGCUACAACGCAGUUUUCCGAAUGUGUUCUGUGUUUGGGAAUAACCAGGCACCCAGCCGAGAUAUUGCCACGAAAUUCGCCUCGAUGAAUGCUGUCAAGCAUAUUCUCUCGGGUGGAUUCUGGCGAUCGAAGGAAAGUGGCAGAUGGGUCCAGUCGGGACAACAAACGAGGCAGAUCUUGCAAGAAGACACCGCGUUCCAGAGACAUCUCGGAUGGGCCCCUCCCUCGGUCGUCAAGCCCGGCUUCGUCCCACUGCUCGGUGCCCAAGUCCAUCCCGCUAUACAGUGGUGCCAGAGUGAGGCACAGAAGCACUGGGUGACCGAAGGGGGGGCCGCUUCCACAGGCGUUGUUCCGUCAUGGACUGCACGAGCGGCUGUCCUCGGACGGGUAGUCGAAAUCAUUGCUGCAGGCGAUGUAAGUCUGGUCACCCUUGAGCGGUUCAUCUGCACAAACCUGCGACAUCCUCACUUCGACUGGCCGGUCAUUCGCCGUCCCGACUGUGAAAGGGGAAAAUGCAAGCCAUCAGCGGCAGGAAAGAAACGCCAGGAAAGAGAAAUAACGACUCACGAUAUUCGGCUAAUCAAGCACACUGACGAUGAGAACUUUGUCCUCAACUUGGGGUGCAUCCAUAACUUUGUCGAGGUGACACGCAUGCUCCCGUCCCACGCAUACGAACUCCGUUAUCUUCAAUCCGACCGGCAGACUUUCCACACUGCCGUAGCAGAAAUGGCUCAGAGUACUCGAAUGGCGGCGCGCAAAAAGACCGCGGAGAAACGGGCAGCAACCGCAAAGUCAAAAAAAGCCAGUGCCGAAGAGGCUGCCCGCGUUGCGGCAGAACUGGCUGCAAAGGAAUCAGCACGCGCAGCCAACAUUUUGGCAGAUGCUGACGAUUUUGACGAGGAAGGAGAGGGACUGGAGGAUGAUUUGGUAGAGAUUGACGAUAUGGCGUCAGUAGAAGCAGGAGGUCGAAGGGCGGAAGUGCUUGAGGGCGUAGACCCAAGUACUGAAGGCAACAGGGUGGCCUCUGAUUUGGAGAGCAACGACGACACCGAGUAUGAGUGUGCGCUGCCAGCGUUCGAGAAACUGCUUGCAGAGGAAUAUGCUGAAGACAAUAAAAUACUUCAAGACCUCAUAUUCGCCCAUACAUACUGGCAUGGUUUGGCGAAGCUGUGCGUCCCACACCAGAUUGUCCCUGGACCACCUACGGGAAGCAACAUGCAAUUUGGGCUACCAGCUGCAACAAUUUGCACGGACAACUUGUGA